AUGGAGGGCAUCGGCGGCGGCGGCGGCGGCGGCGGGGGAGGACAACGGAAGAGGCCGGGGUCCGCGUCCGUCAGCGGACCCUCGCAGCGCCUGCACGAGAUGAAGGAGUACUUCCGCCGUAAUCGCCUGGUGCCGCCGCUUGACGGCCCCCACGGCCACGCUCAGCACAUGGACGACCACGCUGGCGGUGGCCACGUUAACGGCGGCCACCCCGCUAACCUCAAGCAGGAGCAUGAGCACGACCAUCACCGCUACCCGUUCUUCGACGGCGACGUCCCCCACGUCUUUCGGGCGCGGGGCAGCGGUGGCGGCGGCGGCGGCGGCGGCGGCGGCGGCGGCGGCGGCGGCGGCUUGCCGGGCAUGCACUCCGAAGUCGUGGGCGGCGACAACGACAACAGCAACAACGGCUUGCGGAGAGGAAGCAGCCCGAACGGCAGCAUCGCCUCGCAGGACCAAGGCAGCGGUAUCGGCGGCGGCGGCGAGAUCGCCGGUGACCCUGGCAACGGAGGAGGCUACGGCAAGAACGACCACCAGCAGCAGCAGCAGCAGCGUGGCAACAGCAUCCCGUGGCAACACGAGAUGAUAAGCGUCAAUGGCUACUCUCCCUCGUCAUCGUCACACCACCAACAGCAGGGAGGCAGCUCCGAAGGGGCGACGGACAACCUCCCCGCCGGCGUGGGCAUGGCGAGCAUGCAGAACGGCGGCAGCAACGGCCACAACGACGGCGGCGGUCGCGGCGGAGACGGCAGCAUCGGGGGAGGCGACCCCGGAGACGUAGGCAGCGUCGAGUUCGACCCUCAGGCGGAUUGCAGGGCGCCGGUGGUCGACCCCCACCAUCACCAACAACACCAACACCAGGUUAGCGUGACGUCAACCGCAGGGGGGAGCCCGACGUCCUGGUGGAGAGACGCCCCCGAGCCGGUUGUGUCGGCCUUUCCGUGGGACCUCCAGCUUCCGAACCCCGCGCCUCCACUGGCCCUGUCCUCCCACAACGUGGGCAGCGGCGGAGGCCUUCACCAGCAGGAGUCGGCGCUUGGUGGCUUCGGCGGGGGGAGGAGGGGCGGCGGCGGCGGCGGCGGCGGCGGGCCUCCUGCCUUCAUGAUGGGCGGGAGCGCGGGGGUUUCGACGCUCCGCGCCGGUGGCGGUGGCGGUGGCGGUGGCGGUGGCAGCGGCGGAGGUACGACGGACCACCCCCCUCUCAACAACUGGGACGCGUGUCGUUUUGGGAAGCCAUCUGCCUCUUCGCUCGCCGGGCUCGGCCCGGCCCCUGACAUCGGUGGCGGGCACCGCCAUCGCAGCGCCGCGGGUGACCACCACCGGAACCACUCCAGCAGCUCCCUCGACAUCUUGGAGAACGGAGGCGGCGGGGGCGGCGUGAAUGGCGGCGGCGGCGGCGGCAUCCGGACGGGUGGCGGCGGCAGCGCGAUGCUGCUGGACGCCGUGGGGAGGGGGCCCUACGGCGCGGGCGCGCGAUGGGGCUCGGGCUCGUCCCCACCCUCGGUGACCGAGGUCGUGUGGGGGCUAGGCGGGAGCAGAAACGGUGGCGGCGGCGGCACCGGUGCCCCUGGCGGCGGCGGAGGGAGCUUCCUGUCGGCCCGCAAGCUGGAAGACUCGCGUCGAGGAACCGCGCCCCCGUGCGACACGCUGGUGCCGCCGGGACCGCACGCCACGGCCUACGACAUCCCCAACAACCCUAGGAGCCUUCUCGGGAUGGGGUCCGCUGGCGGCGGCGGCGGUAGCGGCGACUCCGACCGGUUCGUUGCGCACGACUUCAAGCCCGUAUCCAUGGCGCCCGGGGAAACGGACGGGGCGAUGUUCGGCAGCGACGGCGGUGACGGGGGCGGCGGCGGCGGCGGCCGUGGCGACAUGCCCCGAGCUAAGCGCGCCCGGGUGAUGAAGCGGGAAGCGGACGGCAUCCACUUGUCUUCUAACGGCGGUGUCGGCAGCGGGAUGGCUAGCGGGGACUCGGUAUUCGAGCGGCUAAUGGAGAGAGGCCGAGUGGGCGAAUUGAGCGGCGGCGGCGGUGGGGGGAGAAGCAGGGCCGUGAUCAACGGCGGUGACCACGCGCCGUUGCGCGACGGGACCGGGUCGUGGGGCGGCGUCGGCAGUGGCGGAGGCGGAGGCGGAGGCGGCGGCGGUGGCACCGGUGGCGGCGCGGGUGGGGGCGGAGGUGGCGGCAGGACAACGGCGAGGGGCAAGAAGUCCCCGGCCACUAGCAGGAGGUGCCGCCAUGAGGGCUGCCAGUCCCACCCGAACUUCGGCAUCGAGGGCGACCGUCGCGCCGUUUACUGCGCCAAGCACAAGCUCCCGGGCAUGGUCAACGUCAAGGCGCCCCGCUGCAGGGAGCCCGGCUGCACCCGCAACCCCGUCUACGGCCACGCCGGAGACCCUCGCGCGACCUUCUGCCUCUCGCACAAGAGCCCCCUCAUGGUUGACGUCAAGAACCGCUGCUGCGAGCACCCCGGAUGCAAGCACCAGCCGUCCUUCGGCCUUGUCGGCGACCGCCGAGCUAACUUCUGCUUCGCUCACAAGCUCCCGUCGCACGUGAACAUCCGCCGUGCUCGGGCAAGGGCAAACUAAGAAUACUUAUUAGGCGCGCGCAUGAGAGAGACAGAGAGCGAACGCUGAGGCUGCGACCUCCACCCACCGCAAGGGGAGCAAAAUUUGUGCGAGGGGGGGCGGGCUGAGCGAGGGGGGAGGAAGGGGGCGGGGAGCUUACAUCUGACAUGAACCGAAUGGCUCGAUAGGGGUUAGUACUUGGUGCACGCUUUUGGAGGCCGCCGGCAAGGAGGAGAUGAUGCGUAAAUUUGUCGUUUGUGUUUUGUUGGGGGGGGUGAAUGAGGGGGGCUGUGCGCUGCGGCGGUGCCUUGAGCCUCCGGGCGGUUGCGGCGGGCGGUGCCUUUGGGGAUGGGUGGGCGUUCAUGUGGGCAAGACAAAGGGUUUGUGUGCGGCGGCGCGUCUGGUGCUCGACAAGAGUGAGUUCUUGGCGGAGACGCGCGUUCGGCGAGAUAUAGAUUGGCCCGUUCUUGUAUCUCCCUGCGCCCCGUUGAUGCACUCCGAGGCAUGGCACACUGCGGUAACGGAAGUGUGCCAAGGGGUGCCGAUGCCGACCCCGACUCGUGGGAUUUCGUCCCCAAGUGUCAACCAACCUCCGGUGUAAUUCUUGUAAAAUGUUGCACCACGCCGACGAAAGUCGGGCUCAUUUUUUUUUUUUUUUUGAGUGGAGUGGAGGUGCGGUGGUGGUGGUUGGGAGCGGCUGCGGCGGCGGCACAGUUUUCAAGCCUAGGGUCUGAUCGGGCCUUGGCGCAACUGGUUGGUCCUACCUCUGCUCUUUUGAGUAAUUGUGUUCUUUCUGCAUGGGUGCAUGGAAGAGUGUAGUGGUCGACGGCACGCUGGUCCAGUCCCUUUUUUCUUCUGUUUUUUUUUUUUUGUUACUUCUGUCCCGGUCUGAUUUUAUUGUAUUCGUCUGUGUGGAAAUGUACGUGAUACUCAAAUAGUUGUGUGAGGCGGAAAUCCAUCACGUCACGCCCCGCCCUCCGAAAGGCGGACGAAAGAGAACAAUCAUCAUCGGGUGCGCUUGCGCAUCCAGUAGCAGCCUGCAAAGGUGGCUUCGCUCUUGAUUCGAGACUGGUCCGAUUUGUAGUGGGAGGUCGGGUGAUGGUGGUGUGUGUGUGUGGUUCGUAUAGUGCCUGUUUGUUUGAGCGCUCGCACUCGCGGUGUCGAGGGGAGUGCUGCAGAGUCCAGCGCACUGACCUGCAUUUGUCUUGCUGUCGUGUUAACUCUGUUGUGUUCCAUGAGGAUCGGCAAUUUAUUUUGCUAUCCUUGAGGGUUGUGUGUGUUCGCGAUAGGACAAGGGGGUAGUUUUUUUUUUUUUAACCACCUCUUUGGUGUUGCAGACGAUCGCGGUGUUUGUUGUCUUGGAGAAGCCGCACCACUACACUCCCCUCGCUUUGGGUGAAUCGCUGCUUGGUUCGAUACGUUUUUUUAUCUUGGUUUUCGUCGACAGGUGCUCUUUUGUGCGGGGGAAACCGAUAGGGGUUUUUGCCAUAGGUGGCGAAACGUGUUCCGAAAGUGUUCGAUCGCUCUUUUUUCUUUUUUUGGACUUUGCUGUUCCUAUAAUCGUUGUUUCACGUGUGUACACAGGGGGGAAGGAACAACUUUUUUUAUGCAAGCUUGCGCUGCUUUGUUUCGGUUGCAACGGGUAUCGCCAAGGAUAACGAGUGCGUAGCAACCUGGCCGGGGACGGCGGUUGAGUGCAGCCGCUUGUAUAUCACCUGCUUCGUAUGCGGCCCGGGACGGGGAUGGGGGAGGGGUCGCUGGAGGGGGUGGGGGAGGGGGGGGUGGGUCAACUCAAGCACGAUCGAUCCACAAUAAAUUUGGGCGGGAGGGGGGUUCUGUUUCGGUUGGAGACUGCAUAGUUGUUCAAGACGACAUUGUUUUCGUGUACAUUAGUGAUUUGGCGGUGGUGGCUGAUGUAUCAUGACGCGUUCCUGCAACACGAACUACAUCCGACUGUCAUCGCGAUUCAUACGACGCCGCUUGGUUGGCGGGUUCAUGCACUGGUUAUUGUAAGGGAGAGACGACGAGAUGACGAUGAGAAGCAAGAAAUGAUUUAGCGGUCCCAGCAGAAGUAGGUUGGGGUGGGAUGGGGGGGGGCAGCUGUAUAUUUUUUCGAUUUCGUUGAACGACCGCUGUUGAUGAAGUUGAUCUGCUGCUCUGUUGUGGGCAACUGGUGGUGUUGCAGUCUGGAAGAGAUCAAGUGGGGGCCGCGCCUCCGGUAGUGUGUGCCAAGCUGGGUCAAUUGUCGCAGUUGAAGGUCGGUGUGAUCUGGUGGUGGCGGUGGCGGUAAUUUUUGAAGCGGUGGAUGACGAGCGUUGCGGUGGUGUUUCUUUCAGAAAUUACCGGGGCAGGGAAGCACAAACUAUCGUUUUCUCUUUCUGUUUUAUUUUACACAAUUGCAUGAUGUCGAGGAACGGAACGAUGUUGGCAAGAGUUAACGGGAGAAUGGAUUGUUAUCAAUUGGUGUUAGAGUCCUUGCCUUCACACGGCGGUGAUAUCAGCGCCCGCAAGAUGUUGUUGUCGAUGAUGAUUUAAAACACCGGAAGAAGCAGAGUGCCUGUUCGUUUCGAUUUUUAUUGAAAAAGUGACCGGAGGAGAGCGUUGUUUCUACACGCAGGACCCACCACUUAACCAUACGGGCGGAACGAUGCCCACAGCCUGCCGCACGAACUUUUUUUCGCGCCAUGUUUGGCAUAACCUACCGAUUCGAAGGCUUGGUU